AUGGUUAGUCCACUGGCCUCCACCAUCAUCGCCCCCGGCACGGAUCUAGUGAUGAAGGAGUUCAGUGCAGCAAGCAGCGUCGUCUCGGCCAUGAUUACCUCCGUCUACAUAUUGGGUUACGCCUUUGGCCCGCUCGCGAUCGCGCCUCUGUCGGAGCUUUACGGCCGCACCAUCCUCUAUAAUGUGUGCAAUCUCGUGUUCCUUGUCUUCAACAUUGGUUGUGCCAAGGCGAACAGCCUUGAAGCGCUGAUUGCCAUGCGUUUCUUCACCGGAAUAGCAGCAGCCUGCCCAGUAACUAUAGGAGCUGGUUCUAUCGCAGACAUGAUACCGCAUGAGAAGCGCGGGGCGGCGAUGGCGGCAUGGGUUAUUGGUCCCCUUCUCGGUCCUGCCAUUGGACCAAUUGCUGGAGUGGGCGCAUAUGUUUCCGGGAGCAUAGGCUGGAGAUGGAGCUUCUGGGUUGUCUCUAUCGCGGCUGGAGCCUCCGGGUUACUGAUCCUCAUUGGAUUGCGCGAGUCACAUGCUCCCACGAUUCUAGAGAGCAAGACCAGAACGCUACAAAAGAAUACCGGCAACGCAUCUCUCACAUCAGCCCUGCACUCGGGCAAGACUCCCGGAGAGGCCUUCCGAUUCUCCCUCCUCCGGCCUGUCAAGAUGCUCCUUCUCUCCCCCAUCGUUCUUGUCCUCUCGCUCUACCUGGCCAUCCUGUACGGCUACAUCUACCUGUGUAUCACCACGUUCCCUCGUGUGUUUGAGCAGAAGUACGGGUUUACGCGUGGUGGCGGCGGCCUCGCCAACCUUGGUAUUGGCAUUGGCUCCCUCCUGGGCCUCUUUAUGCUUGGCGCGGUAUCGGACCGGCAGGUCAAGGCCUUGACGGCGAGGUAUGGCGGCGAUCCCAAGCCCGAGUACCGCCUGCCUGGAACCAUAAUUGGCGCACUGUUCGUGCCCGCCGGACUGUUCUGGUACGGGUGGACGGCGGAACACAAAGCACACUGGAUCUUGCCUAUCAUUGGCACUGGCUUCUUGGGCGGUGGCAUGGUUAUUGCAUUUAUGGCUACCAGCACAUAUCUUGUCGACACAUUUACCGUGUACGCCGCAUCGGCUAUGGCGGCAGCCACCGUGUGCCGUUCGCUACUCGGGGCACUGCUACCCCUAGCAGGUAAUGAUAUGUACGAUGAGCUCGGAGUAGGCUGGGGUACAUCAGUUCUGGGCUUCAUCUCAGUUGUUUUCAUUCCGGUCCCUUUCUUAUUAUACAGAUACGGUGAGAGAAUACGGGAGAGCAAGAUCUUCAAGGUCACAUUUUAG